UAAACCCUUGCGAGGCACUAACAAAUCAAAAACAUCACAGCACAAUAGCUGAGAAAGAUACAGAGAGACAAACCACAAUGGCGGCCGAGUCUCAGACCAUCGUUGUUCCCACUGAUGCUGAGCUGCUGCAGGCUCAAGCUGACCUUUGGCGCCACAGCCUCUACUACCUCACCUCCAUGGCACUCAAGUGCGCCGUCGAGCUUCACAUCCCAACUGCCAUCCAUAAUCUUGGAGGGGCUACAUCGCUUCCCGACCUGAUAACCGCGCUGUCCCUCCCCCCAGCCAAGCUUCCAUUCCUCCGCCGCAUAAUGCGGUUGCUGGUCACAUCGGGCAUCUUCGCGUCUGACAGCAAUGCCGAGGUAGAGACCUUCCGCCUCAAUCCACUCUCUUGGCUCCUGGUGGAAGGUGUGGAAGCGGAAGACCACACCUACCAGAAAUACUUCGUGCUCGGCACGGUCUCACGGCAUUAUGUUGAGGCGGGGUUGUCUCUGGCUGACUGGUUCAAGAAGGAUUUGGCGCCACCAGUGCCGUCGCCAUUCGAGGAUUUACACGGUGUGCCACUCUUUCACGAGAAUACGCCGCUCCUGGACAAGGAACUUGAUAGGAUUGUCAAUGAAGGUCUGGCAGCACACGACAAUUUGGCAAUUGGAACAAUAAUUCGGGAGUGCCAUGAUCUUUUCAAGGGGCUGCAAUCACUGACUGACUGCUGUGGUGAUGGCACGACUGUGAGUGCUAUCAUGAAGGCGUUCCCUCACAUCAAGUGCACUGUGCUGGACAUUCCAAAGGUUAUUAAGACCACACCAGCUGAUGCCGUUAACUAUGGCGCGGGGGACAUGUUCAAGUUUGUCCCACCUGCUCAAGCUGUGAUGCUCAAGGUAUGAAUUGGGUAAAAACAA